AUGGUACAAGAAAUGUAUGAGGAGGAGAAGACCAAGACUCCACUGCAGAGUGUGCAGAGAGCAGCACAGCCUGCAGACACCACACAGCUGUUUUGGAUCUUGGAUCUUUUGGACAUACUUUUUACUUUUUGGUCAAAAAUUGGAAAGAAGCAGACAAAAUAUCAGAGCGAGAAAACUGAGAAACCUUCAGAAGAAACGACAAACAACCAAAAACAACCAGAACAGCAGGUUGAUUCCUGCACCCAGGAUCAAGACUCAAACACAGAGAACAAACUGCCAGAAGACAAACAACCAGAACAAAAGAACAACAGAUCUGCUGAAAACCCUGAGUCACAAAAUCAAACAGACACUAAAGGAAAUCAUACUUACACCACAGUGAACCUCGUUCUUCUGGGAUUGGCUGGGACUGGAAAGAGUGCCAGUGGAAACACCAUCCUUGGAAGGAAGCACUUUGUUUCUAAACCCAGUUCAAAUCAAGUCACCACAGAGUGUCAGGUGGAAGAAACUGAGAUAAAUGACUUACAUGUGCGUGUGAUUGAUACUCCAGACAUGUUUGAUGAUGACACUGAACCAUCAGUUCGGGACAAACAUGUAAAAAGGUGCAAAGAGCUCUGUGAGUCAGAACUCUGUGUGUUUGUACUUGUGAUGGAUGUGAGCAGAUUUACAGAUGGUGAGAGAGACAUACUGAAAAAGUUAGAAAACACUUUUGGGACCAAAGUGAAAGAACAAACUGUCAUCCUGUUCACCCGAGGAGACAACCUGCAGGAGGCAGAAAUGACCCUGGAGGAUUUUCUUCAUUCCUGUCAACCUGGUCUGAAGGAAAUCAUUGAAAAGUGCGACAACAGGUGUGUUGUUUUUGAGAACCGCAGCUCAAGUUCAGACCAGGUGGAAAAGCUAAUGAACACAGUGAGCACGGUGUUAAAGAACACAGCAAAGAUACAAUAAAAAGGUCUUAGUUGCCAUUUUUAUGUGUAUAAAUAUAAAGAGCAAGAAUGUCAUUCAAACAUUUUUUAAUAUAUUUUGAUAAAUCUUUGUAUGGGUGUAGAGUGGUGUCACGUUAUCAAUUCAUUAAAAUUUUCCUCAAUUAUUUAAUGAUUUAAAAUCAAGUCAAUGAUUUAUUGAUCAAAAAUUCAACAAAAGACUUAUAACUCUGAAAAAAAGAUCCUGUGGUGUUUAUUGUCAAUAAAAAAACAAAGUGUCACAUUUGA